GUUGGUUGAUUUGUAGAAGGAAAGAAUGGUUCAGAAUUUACGUGUAUUUAAAAGGAGGUUAAGUGAGUUGAACUAAGUUAGUAGAAAAUUGUUGUUUAGAUUGCCUAAUUUUUUUAUUAGAGAUAGGGAAAACUUUUAUCAAAUACAGAUUUAAAUUUGAAAGAAAAACCGUUGACUGGUGUUUAGAAAGUCGUUGUAAAUAUUCAAAUUCAAAUUUAAAGAACAUUAUUAAUAGUGGUAAUACAUGAAAUAUCUUGCAUUAUCUUAACAAUCAAAUGAGGAUAUUAAAAUUAUCAACAAUAUAAUGGCGUCCGUAGAACGAAAUCAAUGCAAAUAAGUUAACAUUUCCGCAUAAAUAUAUAUAAUAUUUGAGCAAAAUAUUAUUUCCUCGUUUAACUUACAUUUAUACAAAAACGAUUACACUUAUUUCAACUUUAUAACUAUUUAUACAAUGUAAAGUUAACUUACAUCCUUUUUAAAAUUCCAGAUAUAUAAAUGUAGAAAGCAUGAUCCUCAAAAGCCAUUCCAUUUUUAAAAUAUGUACCUAGGAAACACAGAAAUCCAAUUUCUCAGAACCAACAUCGAAAUAUCAAACAUCCCUACUAACACGAACUUCUAAAAUUUGUUUUCCCCAAAAACUAGGGCCUUAAAUCUUAAAGGUUGUCGAACUUCGCUCCAAUAUAUGGUUCUAUUUGAAAAACUCACGAGUAAUAAUUCUUUAUUGUUUGAAAAAAAAAUGGAAAAAUAUUAUUAUUAUCGAUGACUCAUUAAUUAUAAUAAUUAAAAUGACUUUGAGAACGUGUUUUAUUAUAUGUAAGGUAUAUAAAGACAUCAAAUUGUUGAGAUCUCGUUCCGGAUUAACGACAGGUAACCUGCGCCUGGAGAACCUUGAACUAUCACCGAUGUUUAUCAGACCGCCUGGGUGUAUGAAAAUGUGCAACAUUAUUCACAGCGAAAAAGAAAUUACAUAAUUAAUCGUAGAGAUUCUUAAAACUUUCUAACCGACGAUAUAAUCAAAAUGAGUUUGAAACACUUGGCUACCGGAUCAGUUGCCCCGCCCAUUGUAUCUGGAAAAAUACGUUUGUAUAGCAUGCGAUUUUGUCCGUAUGCCCAAAGAAUUCAUUUAGUACUUGACGCGAAACAUAUACCACAUGAUGUUGUUUAUAUUAAUUUGACAAAUAAACCUGAAUGGUUACUAGAAAAAAGUCCUUUGGGCAAAGUUCCUUGUAUAGAAUUGGAAGGAGGAGAAACAUUAUAUGAAAGCCUUGUGAUUGCUGAAUAUUUGGAUGAUGCAUAUCCACAAAACAAACUUUAUCCUGGUAAUCCCCUUGCUAGAGCUAAGGAUAAGUUGUUAAUUGGUAGAUUUAACUCUGUUAUAAAUACUUUGUAUAAGUUAUAUGUCAGUACAUCUAUAGACAGAGACAUAUUUGAUGAAGUCUUAUCAGAAUUGGGUCUUUUUGAAAGAGAACUUGUAUCAAAAGGAACACCAUUCUUUCAUGGUAGUUCUCCUGGUAUGUUAGAUUUUAUGAUAUGGCCAUGGUGGGAGAGAUCUGAUGUAGUUAGAGUUUUACGUGGAGAUCAGUUUACUAUACCACGUGAUAGGUUCAAGAGAUUGUUGGAAUGGAAAUCUGCCAUGAAGGAGAAUCCUGUUGUUCGAGCUAGUUACUUAGAUACCGAAGUACAUGCUAAGUACAUGCGAAGUCGUCGUGCUGGAACGCCACAGUACGAUUUAGUUACUGCUUAAGUUAAUAACUUCUAAUUUGUAUCUUCAAAUAUAUAUGUUUAUAAAUAAUAUAAUAUAUUUAGAAAUGAAACAUUACUCGCAGAAUGUUGCUAAUAAUUUAAUGAUUAUCAGUUUAUAAAUGUUGUGAAUUUGUUGUAAAACUAAUAUAAACAUAACUUUCUAUUUCGUUAA